UGGCCACUCAUUGGAAAACGCCUUGAUAAUUACAUCGACAUUGUCCGACUUCCCAGUGUAUGUCGAUCUUGGCGUUCUUCCCUUCCUCCAUUGAACGCCAUUUCUCUUCUUUCAUCUGAUCUCCUUGUUUCUCACCCCUUCGGUCAUCGAAUUGAAGCCGCUUUAGUUAUCCGAAGGAUAAUCUGUGGUACCAGUCCCCUCCUCAUCAUCGAACUUCAACUUCCCCUUCUUUUUCUCGUGCUUCCGCGGGCUGGUUGGCGAAGAUUGAGACCACAAACCUCGGCAAAAUAUGAUUUCUAACUCCGCUUUCUGCACACCGGGUUAAAUCCAGGAAUUGAGUGUUUCGAAAGGAAGUCAGCUUGCUGGAUUUUCGAAUUCAUGAAGUAGCUAAAUCAUAUAUUCUUAGAUCCACUAUUGGAGGUAUUCUUCCCAUAAAUAAGGUUGUAAUUUUCCCUGAUUCUGCUUGGAUCGAUGUGAAGAAGACCUCCAUUAUUGUAGCAGUUAACAUAGAUGGAAAAUUAGGGUAUACUAAAUAUGGGGAUUACAAAUGGACGCUGAUUGGUAGCCCUAAUAUUCAAUUCGCUGAUCUAAUUGUACAAAGGGGAAAUUUAUACCGUUGAUGGACUGGGAACAGUUUUCUUAAUUGAUUCAUACAUGAAAUUGGUACAAAUUUCUCCUGAAUUGGGCGUUAUCUGUUAACCAGAAACAUUUGAUCGAGUGUGGGGGAGAAAUUUAUGUGGUGGAUCGGUUUUUGGAGCAGAAGAAGGAUUCGGAGUUAUUGACUUCUUGCUUUAAUGAACCGAUGGCAACAGUGGUUGAUUUCAAAGUGCAUAGGCUGGAUCAAGAGAUCAUGGGAAGAUCAAGAUGGGUGGAGGUUAAGAAUUUGGGGAAUCGUGCGUUCGUUGUAGGGCACAAUUGUUUCUUGGUUUUAGCUGCUGAUUUUGAAGGAUUUAAAGAGAAUUACAUAUAUUUUUCCGAUGAACUACAAUCUGAUUUCGGCUAUGGCUUUAGUACUCAUGUACUCGAUCUUGAGGAAAGGACAAUUGUGAAAGCUUCUCCACAAAUUUUCAAGGCACCGCCGAUUUGUCUUCGUUGUUAGAGGUUCGAGUCCAUGCCAUUCUGUUUCUUGAUACUAUAAUCUUCUCCUCAUCGUCUUUCUGUUGGACCAAUCGGAUUCAAGUCAAACUUCCGCCAUGGAAGACAGCCGUGUACGGUGGUCCGAUCUUCCUCCUGAACUUUGGCCAAUCAUCGGCAAACGCCUCGAUACCUACAUCGACGUCCUCCGAUUUCGCAGUGUCUGCCGAUCUUGGCGUGCUUCUCUACCUCCUUUCAACGCCGUUUCUCCUCUUUUACCUCUCGAUCUCCCUUCUCCAGUCUUCGCCGCCGAUCAUCUCACAGACGCCUUCCUUAUCCGAAGAAUAAUCUACCGCCUCAGUCCUCUCGAUCAUCAUAAAACUUUCAGUUCUGCUUCUUCUUCUACUUCUUCUUCUUAUUGUGCUGCAGAGGGCUGGUUAGCGAAGGUCGAGAGUACAAAAUUAGGUAAAAUGCGUUUUCUCCACCCGCUUUCAACACGCUAUGCUAAAUGCAACUCCGAUCUAUUUCGGAAGGAAGUGAACUUACUGGAUUUUGGAAUUUACGAAGUAGCUAAAUCUUAUACUCUUGGUUAUACUAAUGGUUCUCCUGUUCCUCGAAUUACUAAGGUUGUAAUGUUCCCUGAUUCCCCCUGGAUUGAUGUUAAGAAAUGCACGAUUUUAGCAGUUUACGCCGGUGGAAAAUUAGGGUUUGCUAAACAUGGAGACGACAAAUGGACGCUGAUCGACCACCGUAAUUUCCACUACGACGAUGUGAUUGUGUACAAAGGGCAAUUCUAUGCAGUUGAUCGAUGGGGAACAGUUUUCUGGAUUGAUUCAUCCAUGAGAUUGGUACAGUUUUCUCCUCCAUUAUGUGGUUUUGGUAAUCAAAAGCAUUUGGUUGAAUGUAACGGUGAACUCUAUGUUGUUGAUCGAUUUCUGGAUAAGGAACCAUUGUUAUGGAAUGCUGAUAUCUUCCAUAUUCAUUGGUUGAAUAAUCUCAUUGAAGAUUCCCCUCCUAAAGUAAUUGAUUUCAAACUUCAUAGGCUUGAUCAAGAGUGGGGAAGAUGGGUUGAGGUAAAAAAUUUGGGGAAUCAAUCCUUUAUUCUGGGAAACGAUUGUUGUUUUUCAGUUUCAACUCCAAAUUUUGAAGGACUUAAAGGGAGUUGCAUAUAUUUUACCCAUACACCAAAGUGUGCUCUUGGUUAUAACACUCAUGUAUUUGAGCUUGAAGACAAAAGGAUUCUGAAAGCUUCUUCAAAUGAUAAUGCACCAAUUUUUCGGCCUCCCCCAAUUUGGCUUAAUUUGGAGGUAACUCAAAUUGAAGAAGAUGCAGCUGAUAAUCAAUAAGGUACUCUAUGAACUGAGAUUUCAUUUACAAAUUACCAUUCGUAACUUAACAGUUUUGCAUUCUCUUUGUUGUAUACUCUGUUCAUAGCUAUUCAGGGUUAGAGUUUGUAUUGUGGGUGUCAAGGUCUAAUUAGUGAUUUAUGAAUCUUGGUGUGGCUGUUGUAAAUAAGUGCUUUGGCUGCAUUUAUUAGAAGCAGGGGACUCCAAAUUUGCUGUUGUGUAGUAUGUAAUAGUUUUAAUAAUGUUUAAUUAUGUAUAUUAUUAGGCAUUUUCAUAAA